CCUCGAAGUUUGUGGUUAUUUAAUGAGGCUGGAUAAGGGUGAUACUGGCUUGGUGUGGCUGAGACAAGGCCCUGUCAGCAGCAGCCAAAUCCGACACGGAGAUAAAAAGGCGAUGGGGUGAGAUAAUUUCAAACUUCAGGCGGUGCGCUGGGCGCGCUAGAAGGUCAGUUUGGCUGGUGGAUCGUUGGCGGAAUCCAAAGCGUGAAACCGCUGCUAAUAGCGUGGUGACAGAGUUGGCUAGUGCGUGUGUUUCACCCAUUUCUUAAAAUAGGUGGCUGUCUUCGAAGUGUGUGCCCUUGGCUUCCAACAACUGUCUACUUGGUAGAGGGCUUGGAGAGGUAAGUGGCAUCGCUCACUUCUCAAUUUCGAGUUGCAUCUUCCAUGGCCUCAUCCUCGGCACCGAAUACGGCAAUAUCCCGGCUGCAGCGAGACUGCCGACGUUCGUCCCCCACAUCCAACUCACUCGAACUUGCAGGACUCGCCGAAAAUGCGGAGAAAAUGCGGGGGUUCCUUGUUUUUGUCUUUGCCUUUUGCCUUUUGGGCAUCGACGUGUGGUCCACUUGAACUCUUCACGGUCGGUUAAUACCCUGUCGCUGCAAUUUUAACCGAGUAGGUCUCGAAGUGCCUCCUCCACGGGCUUGGCUCGUACGAUAUCCCUCAUUUUCCCCCACAGGGACAAGCAUCGCGGCGGUUUAGCUCACGAUGGGCUUUUCCACCAAUUGCGGUUGACGAUCGACGUCAUCGUCAGGAACAGAACGCAAGUAUAUUUACAUCUCCGUGUCUCCCUGGCGAAUAGGAUGGUAUCACAUGAACGUGUGUGUGCGCAAUAACCGAUCUCAUGUUGUCUUUGCGAACCUUGUUGCAGUUCUUCCUGUCGGUCUUGUUGGUACAGUCCGCCCUGGCCGACACCUUCACCAACCCCUUGAAGGAUCCCAAUGGCAGCGAUCCGUUCAUUGUUUACGUCGACGGCUACUACUACCUAAUCACGACCACGUGGACCGAUCUUCAGCUUACCCGGUCUCCCACUCUGGAGGGCUUGAAGGCCGGUGAGAACAAGGUUGUCUGGAAGGACGAUAACCCGAACCGCUGCUGCAGUGUGUGGGCACCGGAGAUUCAUGAGAUUGACGGAACAUGGUAUCUGUACUACACGGCCGGAAGCUCCGACACCCUCGACAACCAGCGCGCACACGUCCUGAAGGGUGGCUCUAACCCCUGGGACGCAUACGAUUACCUCGGCCAGCUCACUCCCGAAUGGGGCAUUGACGGAACCGUUCUAGUCGUCGACUCGCAGAACUACUUUAUCUGGUCUUGCAUGGAGGACGGCAUCCAGUCGAACUGCAUCGCCACUCUCGAGACUCCCUCGACCAUCGGCGAGAAGCACAUUCUCUCGCAGCCGCUCGAGGACUGGGAAAGAGUCGAAGCCCCGGUCAACGAGGGUGCCGCUCCCCUAUACCAUGACGGGAAGGUCUGGGUCGCUUACUCGGCCUCCUACUGCUGGACUGCCAACUACUCGCUGGCCCUCCUGACUUAUGACGGUUCCGGCGAUCCUUUGGACAGCGGCUCGUGGACCAAGUCGGCUGGUCCUUUGUUCACGUCUGCCAACGGAAACUACGGAACCGGACACAAUGCGUUCUUCACCAGCCCGGAUGGCACUGAGGUUUGGAACGUCUUCCAUGCCACUUCGGCUAGCGAGGGUGCUUGCGAUAGCAACCGCUACACUAUGGCCUUGCAGGUGCAGUGGAACGAGGAUGGAACUCCGAGCUUGGGAGAGGCCCCAGAACUGUCAGCCGUUCUGGAGGGCCCUUCAGGAGAAUAGAGUUCCCGUUUAUGGAGUGUCCCGACGAAGCGAAGGAGACCCCUACAUAACGAUGAAAAUACAAGCAGCCAAAGUGGCCUAUACCAGAAAAGGCAUGGCUACGCGGAAUGGUAGUUCUUGCAUAGAUGAUGAGCAUUAGCAUAUGAGGCAAUAGAAGUGAACAUGUGAA